CUCCCCCAUCUCCACCCUCCUUCCUCCCUCUCCUCUCUUCCCUCAAACAUGGCGAAGUCCUACGAUCAUCUCUUCAAACUUCUUCUGAUCGGGGACAGCGGGGUCGGGAAGACGUGUUUGAUCGUCCGCUUCUCCGAGGACAGCUUCAACAGUACCUACAUCUCCACCAUAGGAAUCGACUUUAAAAUCCGAACCACGGAGAUCCAGGGGAAGAAGAUCAAGCUGCAAGUUUGGGACACGGCCGGCCAGGAGAGAUUCAAGACCAUCACUACAGCGUAUUACCGGGGCGCCAUGGGGAUCAUCCUGGUCUAUGACAUCACAGACGAGCGAUCCUUCGAGAACAUUCAGAACUGGAUGAAGAGCAUUAAAGAGAAUGCGGCUGCGGGGGUGGAGAGGAUGCUUCUGGGGAACAAAUGCGACAUGGAGAGCCGGAGGAAAGUCCAGAAGGAGCGCGGCGAAAAGCUCGCCAAGGAACACGGGAUCCGCUUCUUCGAGACCAGCGCCAAGUCCAGCCAGAACGUGGACGAGUCAUUCAACUUCCUGGCCACAGACAUCCUGAUGAACAUGACGCGGAGGGCGGGUCACGGCAUGAGGGACCCGGUGGAUUUAAAGAGCCACACCAAGAAGGGAAGCAGCAAGUGCUCGCUGGUGUAAAGGCCUGGCGGGGCCGCCGUCCCGGCGUCGUAUCAGAGACUUUAGGAUCCAAUAAGAGACAAUUUGGUGGGCCCCGCCCUCCAAGGGGUGUCACACCCCCCCCCCACAUUGUUUAGUUUAGAUUAAAUGGGCGGGGGAGGAGCUGCCACCUUGCGCCUCAGAGCUCCGCCUCCGCUAAUGUCCGCCAUGUUGUUACAGAUUUAAAGGGGGGGCUCCCCUGAGAGAAACAUGGCCGCCACCGUCCUUGGCUUCUGGGGUAGUCGGGACUCCCAAGUCGAAGGAUGACCAUGACAGCCGGGGAUCCGGAUUCCCGGAACAUUCCCCCUUCUGUAAGAAGUUUGAUACAUUGUGGCGGAUCCCCCUCCGACGCCCAAUCCCUCUUUUGUGCCAGUUCUUGAAGUAUUCGCCGCACCCAAUGGGUAAACAUUCCUCCCCCCCCCUUUUUAAAGGAAAAACCUUCUGAACAUUCCAGAUGGAUACUUCAAGAGCCUGGAGAGGAAGAAUGAUCGCCAUGACUACUAUUACGUACGGAGGCGGCUCCCUGAAAACGUUGGCGGAGGACGAAACUCGUCAGGAAGCUCCCUGAAAACGGAGGACGAAACUCGUCAGGAAGCUCCCUGAAAAUGGAGGACGAAACUAGCCAGGAAGUGCUCCGCCCCAAAUCCGUGAUUGCAGUAUUAUUAUUUUUUGGGGGGGGAAUCAUUAAGUGGCCCCCCCCGCUUCCAAGACUGUGAGCCUGUCCCCAGAAAUGACGGCUUUCUAUUGGAGAAGCUGGAGGAUCAGAGGGGGAGGGGGGCAGCUGUUACAGGAGGGUCCAGGGAAGUGUCCGGUGCAUGCUGGGAGUUGUAGUGCCAAGAUUUGGAGGAUUGUGCAGGUUUUUCGGAUAAACUGAUUGGAUUUUUGCUUUUCUUCGGGCCAAUGAGACGAAGCGAAAAAAGGGAAACCGGGCCACCAAGGAGAGUCUCCGCCCACUAAGGACAGCUUUUCUUCUACACGGCCAAUCAGGGGCCGCCUCCUCUUCUUUUUUUUUUCUCCUAGAAGUGAUCGUCUGGCAGCAAACUUUAUAAAUCUUACCUUAUAUGGGCGGAAGGCUCUGAUUGGUGGAAAACUUUUAUUUUUUUUCUCUAGAACUGGAGGCGGAGCUGACGUCCCAUUGGUCGGAUCGCUAGUUUUGGUUACUGUACAAUGCGUCUUGUUAACAUGUUUUAUGUCUUUGUAUGAGGAAAAUACAAUUUUCUAACAUUUUGUUA